GACAUGGAAACUGUCACGCAAGCUGUCAAAUACCUAUACAAUCACACAUCGAAAUUAAGCCCAUAACAAAACCACAAUUUUUAAAUUGAAAUUAUUACAGAAAUUUCCGUGAGAAUUUCAGUGUAAACCAUUUUUUAUAUUUUAUUUUAAUUCAUCAAAUUAAUAACGUUGUGAAUUAGAAAAAGAUUUUCAUCUUUUGAAUAGAAUUUGAACAGAAAUUGACUCAGUCCGUGUUGAAUGUGCUUAGUUCGUUUAGGGCAAUACUAUAAUUCGUGCAUCGUGCACAUCCAACUUCAUGUUGGUUCAUACUUUCCCGCUAUUUUUGUGUAUGUCAUAUUCAACAAGCGUUGAUUUGAAUUGCAUUCGGAAAUUUUGCUCAGUUUGAUUCUUUUUCUUCAUAAAAUAAUUCAAACAAAUAAAUAUUUAAAUCGUCAUGGCCGAUGAAGAGCAAAGACUUCGUGAUAUUCAACGUGAAUACUUGGAUUUUUUGGACGAUGAGGAGGAUCAGGGUACAUACAUGGCCUCAGUAAAGGAUAUGAUUGCUGAGAAAUCCAAGCGCCUCGUUGUUAAUAUUAAUGAUUUGCGAAAGAAAAAUCCGGCCCGUGCAGCAUCGCUGUUGAUCAAUGCUUUUGAUGAACAAUUGGCCUUUUCCAGAGCAUUGAAGGAGUAUGUAUCGACGCUUCAGCCAAGUUUUGCCAAAACAUACGAAGAUUUUUUCGUUGGCUUCGAGGGUAGCUUCGGAAGUCGUCACGUUACACCACGUACACUGAAUUCCAGAUUCCUGAGCAAUUUGGUUUGCGUGGAGGGUAUUGUGACGAAAGUGUCGUUGGUGCGGCCAAAGGUGGUGCGAAGUGUUCAUUUUUGUCCAGAGACAAAGAAGACAAUCGAACGCAAAUACACCGAUUUAACGUCAUUCGAAGCGGUGCCAAGUAGUGCUGUGUACCCAACCAAAGACGAAGAUGGCAAUUUGCUGGAAACCGAAUAUGGAUUGUCGGUGUACAAGGAUCAUCAAACGUUAACAAUUCAAGAAAUGCCCGAAAAAGCACCGGCCGGUCAAUUACCGCGUGCAGUUGACAUUGUUUGCGAUGACGAUCUGGUCGAUCAAUGCAAACCAGGCGAUCGUGUACAAAUUGUUGGCAACUAUCGUUGUUUGCCCGGCAAAAGUGGCGGAUACACGACCGGUACAUUCCGAACCGUGGUCAUUGCCAACAACAUUUCACAACUGAACAAAGAGAGCAACUUGAAUAUUUCACGCGAAGAAGUGGCUCAGUGCAAAAAGUUGGCCAAGAACAAUGACAUCUUUGAAUUGUUGGCAAAGAGUUUGGCACCAUCGAUUCACGGUCAUGCAUAUGUUAAGAAGGCCAUUCUAUGCUUGCUUUUGGGUGGUGUUGAAAAAGUUCUAAUCAACGGAACACGAUUGAGAGGGGAUAUAAACGUUCUGCUCAUUGGUGAUCCUAGUGUUGCAAAGUCGCAGCUCCUGCGUUACGUUUUGUACACAGCUCCACGAGCAAUUCCAACGACCGGUCGUGGUUCCAGUGGUGUUGGUUUGACAGCAGCUGUUACAACUGAUCAAGAGACCGGCGAAAGACGUUUGGAAGCCGGUGCUAUGGUGUUGGCCGAUCGAGGCGUCGUUUGCAUUGAUGAAUUCGAUAAAAUGAGCGACAUCGAUCGUACGGCCAUUCACGAAGUCAUGGAACAAGGUCGAGUUACCAUUUCAAAAGCCGGUGUGCACGCCUCAUUGAAUGCACGUUGCUCCGUCCUGGCCGCCGCCAAUCCAGUCUAUGGAAGAUACGACCAAUACAAAACGCCAAUGGAAAAUAUUGGUUUACAGGAUUCACUGUUGUCGCGUUUCGAUUUGUUGUUCGUGAUGUUGGACACUAUCGACAAUGACAACGAUCAACGCAUUGCAGACUUUGUCGUUCGCAUGCAUCGUUAUCGUAAUCCAAAGGAGCAAGACGGUGAAAUUUUGCCCAUGGGUGGUAAUUAUGCGGAGUUUUUGACCACAUUCAAUCUCCAAAACGAAACCGAAGGCAACAAAGAGAUGCAAAUUUUCGAAAAAUACGAUGCUCUAUUGCACGGUGAUUCACGUACACGUUCCGAACAAGUGUUGUCCGUGCAGUUCAUGCGCAAGUACAUUCAUCUGGCCAAAUGCUUAAAGCCACGUCUAACACAAGAAGCAUCCGAUGUAAUUGCCAAUGAAUACUCACGUUUGCGUUCACAAGACCUUGAUGAUUCACAUAUGGCACGAACACAACCAGUUACCGCUCGUACAUUGGAAACGUUGAUUCGUUUGUCAACGGCUCAUGCCAAAGCACGUAUGGCCAAAACGAUUUCGGUCACUGAUGCCAAAGCAGCCAUUGAACUCGUUCAAUUCGCAUACUUCAAGAAGGUGCUUGAGAAGGAGAAGCGCAAACGUCGGCGCAGCGAAGAUGGCGAAGAUUCAGAUGGAGAAGAUGAUGAUCAUGACGAUGACAAUACUGUAUCACAACCAUCACAGGGUACACGUAAAUCAAAACGCACAAAAACCACCGACGCCAGCGAAACGAUGGACACAGAAGAAAUGGAUGAAACACCCGUGGUACAACCAGUUGAUGCUGGUGAUUUAACAAAACGUAGCACACGCAAAUCGGUUGGCCGAUCAACACAACAAUCGAGCGAAGGAUCAACAGCCAUGGAAACGGCCCCAUCACCUGAUUAUAUCAGUCAAGAACGUCUUUUGGUCUUCAAACAGAAAUUGAACCAAGCAUUCCGCGACGUACGAGAACAAACAUUAGCUGUGGAAGCACUCACGGGAGCCAUCAAUCAGAACAUUGACCAACCAUUCAGCUCGGCGGAAGUGAAUGCGGCCAUUGAACAAAUGUCUGAAGCAAAUCAAAUUAUGGUCGCCGACGGCAUCGUUUUCCUCAUUUAAAUUACUUCAUCUCGAUAUUUACAUUUUUACACUCUCUUUUUUUAUUGCAUUACUCUCUUGAUUUGUUAGUGUUUCGUAGUUUUAAGUCUUUUUUUUUCAUCAAAUUCAUAUUGUACGGAGAAUAAUUCCAAUUGACGUACCGUUGAAAUGAUCCGAAUGAACAAAUUUUGGUUAUUUAACAUCACAAACAAUUUUUUGUCUAUCCUCAAAUCAUGAAACCGUUUUGAAAGAUCUGUUAAUUUUGAUUAUGCAUUUUGACAUUCAAUAAAAUAUCGAGCAUUCAGUUUACUUGGUAACAAUAAAAUAUUUAUUCUUUUUUAUAUAUUCCGUUACAAAUUUACCUGAAAUGUCAAUACAGAACUCAUCCGAAUAAAUAAACUUGUUAUUAAUUAGUAGAGUAAA